AUGAAGGCCUCCAUUGCUGCCCUCGGCCUCGCUGCCACCCUGGCCAACGCCACAGCCUUCCGCCCUGAGCACUGGCAAUACAGGCGUGACAACUCGACCCUGCCUGGUGACGCCCAGACCACCUUGACCGUCAUUGCCACCGAGGUCCACACCGUCACCAGCUGCGCGCCCACCGUCACCGACUGCCCAGCCAACCCCACCGACAUCGAGGAGCUGCCCGAGGCCGACAAGACCACCUACAUCGAGACCAUCACCAGGGACAUUACCACCACCGUCUGCCCCGUCUCCGAGGCCCCCGCCAUCUCCGCUUCCAUCAUCGAGUCGGCCACCCAGACGGGCGCCAUCCCUACCGAUGCCGUCACCGGGGCCGCUUCCGAUGCCUUGCCCGAGGCCACCACGGCCCCCGUGAGCCUCACUACCCAGACCUCGGAGGUCGUCGAGGACCAGACAAUGACCAUCACCCACGGCUCUGGGGACGACACCACCGUCGAGACCACCACCGUCCGCACCACCUACCAGACCACCGUCACCGUGCCGUACAGCCCCGGCGAGGAUGAGUCCAGCGCCUCGGACGAGUCCACCACCACCACCACUGCCACCACCACCAACACCCUUACCCUCACCGUCGAGCCUCCCGCUGCCACGGAUGAGGAUGUCUCCCCCGAGGGAGGCAGCGGUGGCAUUCCCACCGACACCGAGGGUGACGACUCUUGCGUCUGCCCCUCUGCUGUCACCGUCACUGUCCCUGCCUCGACCGUCUACAUCACCAUGGGCGGUGACGAGUCUGCCCCCACCGCUACCCCUACCGGCUCCGUCGAGCACGAGACCGAGGAUGAGGAUGAUGAGGAUGAGGAUGAGGACGAGUACGAUGAGGAUGAGGACGAGUAUGACGAGUGCGAGCCCGAUGAGACCACCACUCUCACCGCGACCACUCACAUCCCCUACCCCACCGGCAACGGUACCGGGCCCUAUGUUCCUGGCCCUACCGGCUUCGCCAGGCGCUUCCGCUUCUAA